AUGUACUCUUCCCCAUCAGUCUCCUCUCAUCACAAUUCGUGUUCUCCGAAUUCGGAGAUCGGUGAAAGCAAAACGAAUCUCAUCAUCAAUUAUUUGCCGCAAACGAUGAGUCAAGAAGAGGUUCGAUCCCUGUUCGCAUCGAUUGGUGAAAUUGAAUCGUGUAAACUCGUUCGUGACAAAAUGACAGGCCAAAGUCUCGGUUAUGGUUUUGUUAACUAUAUUCGAGAAGAAGAUGCAAUCAAAGCAAUGGCUUCAUUUAAUGGUUUGAGACUACAAAAUAAAACGAUUAAAGUUUCCUAUGCUCGUCCAUCAAACGAAUCGAUUAAAGGCGCAAAUCUUUAUGUAUCGGGCAUUCCGAAAUCGAUGACACAAAAGGAAAUGGAGGGAAUCUUUCGACCAUUCGGACAGAUUAUCACAUCGAGAAUUUUAUCGGAUAAUAUUACUGGCCUAUCGAAAGGAGUUGGAUUUGUUCGCUUUGACAAGAAAGGAGAAGCCGAUAUUGCGAUUCAGACUCUUCACGGCACAACCCCGUCUGGAUGCACUGAACAGAUCACGGUCAAAUUCGCGAACAAUCCCGCGACAAAUUCGCACAAAAAUGCGCUUGCUGAUGUGACUGCGGUGGCUCAAGUGGCGUCGAAUUUGAUGCCAUUAGCAUUGCUGAAUCAAGCGGUUAGUGGUGGACGAAGAUUGGCAACAGCUGGAGGCCCGAUUCAUCAUACAACGACAAAUGGACGAUUCAGAUAUUCUCCAUUAGCAGGCGUUGCCCCAGCCGCUGCUCCGGCUCAAGACAUUUUCACGGCAAGCGCUCUCAUGCAACUCGCCGCCGUCUCUCCUCAAACAGCCUCAGCGCUGCAGUGCAGCUAUGAGGGUGAUCUGGCGGCGUUUCAAUGGGGCACAAUUCCAACAAUGACCGCAGCCACAGCCGGCUAUCCAACAAUGGCUCCAUUACAAGCUGGUGGAUUGGAUCUAUCGACAGCCAAUGCUGGUUUUUGCCUUUUCGUUUACAAUUUGGGUCCAGAAGUCGAGGAUUCAACUUUAUGGCAAUUGUUUGGGCCGUUUGGUGCAGUGGCUAGUGUUAAGAUAAUUCGAGAUUUCGCCACUGGGAAAUGCAAGGGUUACGGCUUUGUGACAAUGGUCGGAUAUGAAGAGGCGAUAAAUGCAAUCGCCGCAUUGAAUGGAACCGCUUUACAAGGCAGAACAUUACAGGUUUCAUUCAAAAAUGCGAAUGGAGAGACGAGUUUGGUCAAAUAUAGC